AGAGAGAGAGAGAGAGAAAGAAAGAGACGGGAAGGAGAGUCGAGAGAGAAGGUAGAGGUGGAAAAUGGAACUAGGGUUCCGGCGACGACAAGAUACAACGAGGUUGAACGGUGGCGUAUAUGACAUGUGACCACCGGAGCAGAUACAGUUGGUGAUGGUAACGACUAUAUUAACAAUUCUUGUCGAUUUUAGGGUAUGAGAAGUUGGGGUGAGUUUUCGAUGACAAAAAGUUGUGAAGAUAUCUGGCCAGAAGAUUAGGGUUCCGGAGAGCCCUUUCACUACAUAACUGCCAUCUUCUCCAACAAAGUCAACCAGGGACUCGGGCUGUUGGUGAGGUUGAGAAGCCGAUUACCGGUAAGCUUUUUCUUUAAAACCUAUGGAUCAUACCAAAUCUUCUUCCUUCCUGACUGCAGAGGAGGAAAACAAUGAGUCGGUCUAGCAGAACGCUGUAUGUUGGUAACCUUCCUGGGGAUAUUCGAGAGCGAGAAGUGGAAGAUUUGUUCUACAAGUAUGGUCCAAUAGCUCAUAUUGAAUUGAAAGUUCCACCAAGACCUCCAGGUUAUGCUUUUGUUGAGUUUGAGGAGGCUCGUGAUGCCGAUGAUGCUAUUGGUGGUCGCGAUGGCUACGAUUUUGAUGGGCACAAAUUACGGGUGGAACUUGCCCAUGGUGGUCGAGGCAGCUCAUCUUAUAAAGAUCGUUAUAGCAGUCAUAGCAGCGGUUGUGGUGGUCGGGGUGGUGGAGUUUCUCGACGGUCUGGUCAGUUGACUUUUCAUGGUCGAACCCGACACUGGUGGCUAGCGGGAGCGAUGACGGUUCUGUUAAGCUCUGGAAUAUCAAUCAGGCAAUUUUAUUCGAAAACUAAACGUAACUACGAUUAUUUAACUAACAGUGAUUUAUAAUCGAAAAAUUUGAUG